AUGGCUGAAGAGGCAGACCGCGAACCCCGCGAUGUCAAGAACCACCUCCUCUUCGAAAUCGCGACCGAGGUCGCCCAUCGAGUUGGCGGCAUCUACUCCGUGCUCAAGUCGAAAGCUCCAGUGACGACCGCCGAGUAUGGCGAACGCUACACCCUCAUCGGGCCUCUCAACCACCAGUCGGCUGCCGUCGAGGUUGAGGAGCUGGAGCCGACCAUACCAGAGCUUGCCGCAACCAUGAACGCGAUGAAAGAGCGCGGGAUUGGCAUGGUAUACGGGCGGUGGUUGAUCGAAGGAGCGCCGAGGGUUCUGCUGCUCGACACCAAGACGGCAUACCACUUCAUGAAUGAAUGGAAGACGGAUCUGUGGAACCUCUCCUCCAUCCCGUCUCCGCCCAAUGAUGACGAGACGAACGAAGCCAUCGUCUUUGGGUACCUGGUUGCCUGGUUUCUUGGCGAGUUCGUCUGCCAUGAGAAGAAGAAGGCCGUGAUUGCCCACUUCCACGAGUGGCUAGCUGGCGUUGCUCUGCCCCUUGCCAAGAAGCGGCGGAUAGACGUGACGACCAUCUUCACGACUCACGCGACCCUGCUGGGUAGGUACCUGUGUGCUGGCUCGGUCGACUUCUACAACAACCUCCAGUACUUCGAUGUUGAUGCCGAGGCGGGCAAGCGGGGCAUCUACCAUCGGUACUGCAUCGAGCGAGCCGCCGCACACGCGUGCGAUGUCUUCACGACCGUGUCGCAUAUCACCGCCUACGAGAGCGAGCACCUGCUCAAGCGGAAACCCGACGGUGUCUUGCCCAAUGGGCUCAACGUCACAAAGUUCUCUGCCGUUCACGAGUUCCAGAAUCUGCACCAGGUGUCCAAGGAGAAGAUUCACGAUUUCGUCCGUGGCCACUUCUACGGCCACUACGAUUUUGAUCCGGAGAACACAAUCUAUUUCUUCACGGCUGGACGUUACGAAUUCAGGAACAAGGGAGUCGAUAUGUUUGUCGAAUCCCUUGCCCGCCUGAAUCAUAGGCUGAAGACUGCCGGGAGUAAGACGACGGUCGUUGCCUUCAUCAUCAUGCCGGCGCAGACUUCCUCGUUGACUGUGGAGGCUCUUAAGGGACAGGCCGUCAUCAAGUCGCUGAGGGAUACUGUCGAUGUCAUUGAGCGAAGCAUCGGCCGGCGCAUCUUCGAGCGAUCGCUCAAGUGGCAUGACGGCGACCCGAUGCCGGAUGAGAAGGAGCUAAUCACCAGCCAGGAUCGAGUUCUUCUCCGCCGCCGCCUCUUCGCAAUGAAGAGGCAUGGGCUACCCCCCAUCGUGACCCACAACAUGCUCAAUGACAACGAGGACCCUAUUCUGAAUCAGAUCCGUCGGGUCCAGCUGUUCAACCACCCUUCUGACCGAGUCAAGGUCGUGUUCCAUCCAGAGUUCUUGAACUCGGCCAACCCGGUGCUGCCGCUGGAUUACGACGACUUUGUCCGUGGCACUCACUUGGGAGUUUUCCCCUCCUACUACGAGCCGUGGGGCUACACCCCGGCCGAGUGCACUGUGAUGGGAGUCCCAAGUAUCACGACCAACUUGUCUGGGUUUGGCUGUUACAUGGAGGAGUUGAUCGAGAAUUCGAGCGAUUACGGCAUCUACAUCGUGGACCGCCGCGCCAAGGGAGUGGACGACUCGGUCAACCAGCUCACGUCGUACAUGUUUGAGUUCUGCCAGAAGAGCCGCCGUCAGCGGAUCAACCAACGAAACCGCACUGAGCGUCUCAGCGAUCUCCUGGACUGGAAGAGAAUGGGCAUGGAGUACGUCAAGGCUCGCCAGCUGGCCCUCCGACGGGCUUAUCCGGGCUCGUUCAGCGGUGACGAGGAAGAGGAUUUCAUCCCCGGCGUGGAGCAGAAGAUCUCGCGGCCCUUCUCGGUGCCUGGCUCUCCCCGUGACCGGACUGGUAUGAUGACGCCUGGUGAUUUUGGGAGCCUGCAAGAGGGCCGAGAGGGUCUCAGCACUGAAGACUAUGUUGCUUGGAAACUCCCGGGUGACGACGAGGACCCGGACGAAUAUCCCUUCCCUCUCACGCUGAGAACCAAACAAUCGGGGCCAGGCAGCCCGGUUGAAGCGGCUCGGCUCAAUGGGAAUUAA